AUGUCUCUUACGGAGUCAUCACCAUUAAAGGCUGCCGAAGCAGCUUCUAUCUCCUCUAGAAGCCUAGCAACCCUGUCGGUAAAAGCCCGCAACGAUGCACUUACAUCUAUACACAAUGCGCUGUCAAGGGAAAGGGACAAGAUCUUGCAGGCCAAUGCGCUGGAUCUGAAAGCCGCAUCGAAAGCUGCGCAGGAUGGCAGUUUGAGCCAGGCAGUGCUAAAGAGGUUGGAUCUUGGGCGAGCUGGCAAGUACGACGACAUGCUCAAAGGUAUUCUGGAUGUGCGGGAGCUUGAGGAUCCUGUUGGCAGAAUCACACUGCGUACCCAGCUUGACGACGAUCUUGAACUCACUAGGGUGACCUGCCCCAUUGGAGUGCUGCUCAUCAUCUUCGAAGCACGACCCGAAGUGAUAGCCAACAUUGCCUCUCUCGCCAUCAAAUCCGGCAAUGCGGCGAUCCUGAAGGGCGGCAAAGAGUCCACCGAAUCGUUCCACGCUAUUUCCUCGGUCAUCUCUGAGGCUCUCUUGCAUACCAAGGUCCCAAACGCCGCUAUCCAACUCUUCGAAACUCGUGAUGUGGUCAAUCAGCUCCUAUCAAUGGAUCAAUACAUCGACCUCGUCAUCCCUCGUGGCUCCAAUGAGCUAGUCCGGUACAUCAAAGACCACACUAAAAUCCCGGUACUCGGUCACGCAGAUGGUCUUUGCGCCAUCUACAUCCAUUCCGAUGCCGACGCAGACAUGGCUAAAAAAGUCAUACUAGACUCAAAAUGCGGCUACCCAGCAGCAUGCAACGCCGUGGAAACCCUUCUUGUCCACGACGAUGCCCUCUUGAGCGUUCUACCCACAGUCGCAGAGGCAAUCCUCCAGCAAGGCGUGUCUCUCCGCUGUGACGAGAAAUCCAAAUUAAUCCUAUCUACUUUCCUCUCUCCCGCGUCCACCGCUCUACUCCAAUCAGCCACAGAAGCAGACUACGACACCGAAUUCCUGGACCUAGUUCUCGCAAUUAAAACGAUCCCUGCCGCACCUCAUUCCGUGGACCUCGCAAUCGCACACAUCAACGCGCAUUCCUCACACCACACCGACGCCAUCCUGACAUCUUCGCGCGACGUAGCGGAGGCAUUCAUGGCGGGUGUCGACUCCGCCGGUGUAUACUGGAAUGCCAGCACGCGAAUCGCGGAUGGGAUGAGGUAUGGUUUUGGGACGGAGGUGGGCAUUAGCACGAACAAAAUCCACAGUCGAGGUCCAGUCGGGCUGGAGGGUUUGACGAUCUAUAAGUAUUUGGUUAAAGGCAAGGGGCAGACAGCGGGAGAGUAUGGAGAGGGAAAGAAGGCUUGGAUGCAUAAGCAGCUGCCGCUCUAG